AUGGCAUCAGAUGGCACAUGUCCGGAUGACAUUGGCACGUGUUGGUACAUUCUGCUUUCUGGAUCGGUCUUCAUCAAAGAGUCCAUGUUCCUGCCACGCUCCAGUUUUGGGAAGAGGUCUGCUGGGAGUUUACGUCGUGGAUGCGAGUGCAUCGUUCUGGAGCCAUCCGAGAUGAUUGUGGUGGACUAUAUGGAUGAGAAUGAGGAGUAUUUCCAGCGGCAGGCAUCGCACCGACAGUCCCGCCGAAGGUUUCGUAAGAUCAACCAGAAGGGCGAGAGACAGACCAUCAUCGACACCGUAGACCCCUAUCCUGCCGGCAAGCCGCCCGUUGCACGGCGAUACCAUACGGAAUGCGUUAAGGCUCAGCUGCCGGCAGACUUCAGCAGAUUACACCUGGCAGACGGGAUUCACCCCCAGGUGACACAAGUUUCCUCCAGCCACUCAGGAUGUAGCAUCACCAGUGAUUCUGGGAGCAGCAGCCUGUCGGACAUUUACCAGGCCACAGAGAGUGAGCCCGGCGACAUGGACCUCAGUGGCCUGCCCGAGACAGCCGUUGACUCCGAGGAGGAUGACGAUGAAGAAGACAUCGAACGUGCCUCUGAUCCCCUCAUGAGUCGAGAUAUUGUCCGAGACUGCCUGGAGAAAGACCCCAUGGACCGAACGGAUGAUGACAUAGAGCAACUGUUGGAGUUCAUGCACCAGCUACCGGCCUUUGCCAACAUGACCAUGUCUGUCAGGAGGGAGCUUUGUGCUGUUAUGGUGUUCGCUGUGGUGGAACGGGCCGGCACAGUCGUCCUUAAUGAUGGCGAAGAGCUGGACUCAUGGUCUGUGAUUCUGAACGGCUCAGUGGAGGUGACGCACCCAGAUGGCCGGACGGAAAUCCUGUGCAUGGGCAACAGCUUCGGUGUGUCCCCCACCAUGGAGAAAGAGUACAUGAAAGGGGUGAUGAAGACCAAGGUGGAUGACUGCCAGUUUGUUUGCAUAGCACAGCAAGAUUACUGCUGUAUCCUUAAUCAAGUGGAGAAAAACAUGCAGAAGGUGGAAGAGGAGGGUGAGAUUGUGAUGGUGAAGGAACACCGAGAGCUUGACCGCACAGGCACCAGAAAAGGACACAUUGUCAUCAAGGGCACACCGGAGCGUCUUACCAUGCACCUUGUAGAAGAGCACUCGGUAGUGGAUCCCACCUACAUCGAGGACUUCCUGCUUACCUACCGCACCUUCCUGCCAAGCCCCAUGGUGGUAGGCAAGAAACUGUUGGAGUGGUUCCAUGACCCCAGCCUCAGGGACAAGGUUACACGGGUAGUCUUGCUGUGGGUAAACAAUCAUUUCAACGACUUUGAGGGUGACUCCGCAAUGACGCAUUUUCUUGAGGAGUUCGAGUACAAUCUGGAGAGAGAGAAAAUGUGUGGGCACCUAAGACUGUUAAACAUAGCAUGUGCUGCCAAAGCUAAGCUGCGGGUGGUGACCCUGACCAAACCCUCGAGGGAAGCACCCCUGUCUUUCACCCUGCUGGGGGGUUCAGAGAAGGGCUUUCGCAUUUUCAUUGACAGCGUGGAGCCAGGCAGCAAAGCUGCAGAGGCCGGACUUAAACGAGGAGAUCAGAUACUAGAGGUCAAUGGGCAAAACUUUGAAAAUGUGCCGUUAUCCAAAGCUAACGAGAUUCUCAAAAACAACACGCACCUGUCCAUUACUGUGAAAACCAAUCUCUUAGUGUUUAAGGAGCUACUGGCCAGGCCUGACCAGAACCAGGAGCAAGAACAGGAGGAGGAGCCAGACAGGAAGAACGGGGCACCUCACAUCCCCAAAAUCGGGGACAUUAAGAAAGCCAGCCGCUACUCCAUCCCUGACCUGGCUGUGGAUGUGGAGCAGGUCAUGGGUCUUGAGAAAGCUAGUAAGAAAGCCAAGGCCAAUACCGUGGGUGGCAGAAACAAGCUGAAGAAGAUCUUCGACAAGACACUGACCAGUAUUCUUCCACCCAAACCUUACAAUGAUGUUGGCGUGGGACAGUCCCAGGAUGACAGUAUUGUCGGGCUAAAGCAGUCAAAGCAGAUCACUCCUGCUCUUCCUGUCAGUGGAAACCUUUCAUCAAGCAACCCUGACCUAUUGCAGUCACACCACCGCAUACUUGACUUCAACAACCAGCCUGAAGCAGUCCCUAUAAACAUGUCAGACCAGGUAUUGAGAGUGUUCAAGGCAGACCAGCAAAGUCGGUACAUCAUGAUUGGGAAGGACACCACAGCAAAAGAAGUCGUAGCCCAGGCCAUCCGAGAGUUUGCCUUGACCGCUGCCCCUGAAGCAUAUUCGUUGUGUGAGGUGUCAGUCACUCCUGAGGGUGUCAUCAAGCAGCGGCGACUCCCUGAACAACUCUCCAAACUGGCCGACAGGAUCCAGCUGAGUGGAAGGUACUACCUGAAAAGCAACAUGGAGACAGAGACACUGUGCUCGGAUGAAGAUGCCCAGGAACUACUACGGGAGAGCCAGAUCAGCCUGCUGCAGCUUAGUACAGUGGAAGUGGCGACCCAGCUGUCCAUGCGUGCCUUUGAGCUGUUCUGUGCCAUCGAGCCCACCGAAUACAUUGAUGACCUCUUUAAGCUCAAAACCCGUCUUACCAGGCCCCCCAGCCUCAAGCUCUUUGAGGAGGCCAUCAAUCGGGAGACCUUCUGGGUGGCCACAGAGGUGGUACGUGAGACCUACCAGCUCAAACGGAUGAAGAUCAUCAAGCACUUCAUUAAGAUCGCACUGCAUUGCCGCGAGUGCAAGAACUUCAACUCCAUGUUUGCCAUCAUCAGUGGUCUGAACUUGGCACCAGUGUCCAGACUGAGAGGCACAUGGGAGAAGUUGCCCAGUAAAUAUGAGAAGCUGUUUAGUGAUCUUCAAGAUCUAUUUGAUCCCUCCAGGAAUAUGGCGAAGUACCGGAAUCUUCUAAACAGCCAGAACCUGCAGCCACCCAUCAUCCCACUUUUCCCUGUAAUCAAGAAGGAUCUCACCUUCCUGCAUGAAGGAAAUGACUCAAAGGUAGAUGGUUUGGUGAACUUUGAGAAACUGCGGAUGAUUGCUAAAGAGAUCAGACACGUAGGCCGAAUGGCAGCUGUAAACAUGGACCCUGCUCUGAUGUUCAGAACCAGGAAGAAGAAAUGGAGAAGUUUAGGGUCACUCAGUCAGGGUAGUGCCAAUGCGGCCGUCCUGGAUGUAACCCAGACGGGCGGGCACAAGAAGCGGGUCAGACGGAGUUCCUUCCUCAAUGCCAAGAAGCUGUACGAGGACGCACAGAUGGCACGCAAGGUCAAACAAUACCUCUCCAACCUCACCCUGGAGACGAAUGAAGAGAGCCUGCAGACACUCUCAAUUCAGUGUGAGCCUUCAGUCAACACAUUGCCGAAGAGUUCCGGGGACAGGAAGAGACCCGACACAUCGCCUGUAGUUGCACGGGCCGCCAUUCACCAGCGCCAGCAGCUUCAGAAAGCCAACCAGGCGCUUCAAGUGCCUGCCGUAGCCCUCUACCCAUCACGCAAGAAAGUGCCAGUCAAAGACUUGCCGCCAUUUGGCACAAGCUCACCACAGUCUCUGAAAAAGAUACUGUCCCUUUCAGAGGAGGCAGGAGAGAGACACAGGAAACCAACAGAGGACAGUGUGUCCAACAACUCCUCACAGCUGUCAUCUCCUCCCACAUCCCCUCACAGCUCACCUAAGAAAGCCAUUGCAUCUAUGAGAAGCCACAGUAUGAAGGGUUUUUCCUCCUUCUGUAGAAAAUCACCUAAAGGUAACAGGUCCUGGAUGCAGAUUUAA